UUCCUCGGUGGCGGAAUCUGCGUGGCUCUCGUGCGGCGGUGCCAGACGCCGUGAAAUUAAUUGUUUCUCAGCAUCCCUCGCCAUCUAUGGAACCAUAUUCAAUAAGCGAACAGCGUAUAAUUUAGUUGGAAAAUGAAAUAUUUAGUGUGUGACAGCCAAGUAAAUUCUUUACAGAGAUUAUUAUUUUCGGAAAUUGUUUGGAAUAAAGACCUCCUUUAGGAGUCAUUUUAGGAUGAUAUAAUUCAGAAAGUUCUUAAGCGCACGUUUAUCAUUAAAUAAGCCUGGGGUCUGCGGAGAAAAAUUGCACAGAAAACUUCUAUGGCUAAUAUUAUUGGACUGGAAAAGAGCAUUUUCCUUGAGAUAUAUCUGUUAGGAAAACUUCAGAGGGAAAAUGGUAAUAUGUUUCUAUGAACCGUAUUAGCACGAAUAGUAGAGUCGUGCACUGUCUCUUAAGUUUUAUUAAUCUUCACGAUACGAUGUAGACAAGUAAAACAUGUUUGGAAUUAACAAAAGUUUUGAGACGCACAGGAGUCCCUUGAAAAUGCAUCUUCAUGUUUUGUUCAUCAUUUGCGCGUCGGUGCUCGAGUGCCUCGGGCGUUACGGCGUCCAGCAGGAGUGUAGCUACGAGUUCAACGUGUGGCAGGCGGAUGCUGACCAGAUCGAGCGUAUGCGCAGUCUCGAGAUACAGUUCGCCAACUUUUCCAACUACGUGGACAAGGAGCUGCUGCGCUUCCGGUUGGACAAUUCCGUGGAGACGAGUAGCGGCAGGAACUGGACAGUCAUGUACGAGCGUUCACUGUCCGAACUGAAAAAUUACCAAUUGCAGAAAUACAACGAAUUGCAAGAACUGCGUAUUAAGUUAAGUCAAUUCGAAAUAAAACUUGAAGACUUGAAAGGAAAGGUGCAGAAUUCAGUGUUUCCUGCUGGGCGUAGCUCGAGGAAGAAACAUGUGCGGAAAGACCGCAUGGUUCCGAACCACGCACAGGCUGAUACACCAAGGCACCAACUGGUGGAAAACCUCAAGUCGUUGGUGUCUGACCUGAAGGCCGAGUGGAUACUCAUUAAGCGAGAUUUUAUUCUAAUCCGAAAAGAAACUGAUUUAAUCAGGAAGGAUCAUGAAACUCUCGAAAACAAAUCAGACAGUAUAAUACUUCAAAAUGAACAAUUUGCAAACAUGUUUAAAGUUGCUAGAACAAAAGAAACAGCUUACGAAGAAGACUUUACAAAUUUUAAACUCGAUCUUGAGCAAACAAAGCAUGAUAUGGUGAGCAUUAAAUCUAUUCAGGAACAGCUAAAAAAUGAUCUUUUGAACCAAGAGAACGGCCUUGUGCGACUGCAGGCCAUGUGCACUGACUCUAGACAGCGGUUGGAGGAGAUGCAAACUGCGCACAGCAGCGAGUGGUCGAAGGGCGCGCCGACAGCCCGGAAACACCCGGUGGAGAACAGCAUCGAUCCGCCCGACACGAAACUGUGGGACGAGAACGACAUCCCGAAAGAUUGCACGGACGUCGCGUUGGCGGGUCACAGAAUGAGCGGCGUGUAUCGCGUGCAUGUGGGUGCGGUUCAGCCUCCCUCCGAGGUCUACUGCCAAGUCGAUCCUGUCGGCUACACGGUCAUUCAGAGGCGGGUGGACGGGUUGCAGGACUUCGAUAGGGGCUGGUUGGAAUAUAAGUUCGGCUUCGGAAACAUUUACGGGGAAUUCUGGGCGGGAAACGAGUUAAUUUAUGAACUUACGAAGAACAAUGAGUAUGGACUGCGAGUGGACAUUUGGGACUGGGAAGGGAAUAUAACGUAUGCGGAAUACGACACGUUUAUGAUCACCGAUGAAGUUGGGCGUUACGCGCUGCACGUUAGUGGAUACAGCGGAAACGCGGGUGAUUCUCUUAGUUACCAUGAUGGUAUGAAGUUCAGCACGAAGGAUCUGGACAAUGACAUCCAUGACAGGAAUUGCGCUGCAGAGAACAAGGGUGGCUGGUGGUUCAGUGAAUGCUACUUCAGUCACCUUAACGGGAUGUACCAUGUGGGCUGGUACGCUCAGGCAAAGUACACAUUUGCCGACGGUAUUGUCUGGUAUACACUCAAAGACUCAGACAGGUACUCGCUUCGAAAGGUCGAAAUGAAACUAAAACGACGGCGAUCGUAAAAUACGUCUUGAAUUUUUCUCUUUUUUUGGCGCAAUAUUUUAGAGACAACGAAGAGUGGAAGAUUAUAUGAUUCAUGUUGAUCGAUCUCUAGAUACAUUGGUUGUGAAGCAGACUUUAUAGUUACUUAAAUAAAACAAAUCCUUAUAGAGUUGUUGAGAUGUCGUUUUUUUGUGAA